AUGUCAACUUUUGAUGGAAUAGUUCCAGAAUUUCCCUUUAUUCAGAGUGAGCUCCAGGCUGUCAUCCCUGUGGAUGAAACCCAAUUGCUGAAAAGUUUCACAGUUGACUACUUUCGCAAAAACCCUGAUCGGCCUCCUCCCCUCGCAUGCUUUCUCAGCCAUGUGCACAGCGACCACCUCCAAGGCCUGGAGUCGUUCCGGGCUCCUUUCAUCUAUUGCUCUGCCGCCACUCGGGAAAUGCUCUUGCGCAUUGAAAAGUAUCCCCACCGGAUGAACUUCAGCAAGGGAAUUCUCGAGUCUCGCAGAUUGCACUACAAGCAUCUCUCUAGGCUCUUGCGGCCGAUUCCACUGAACACACCCACGGAGAUUGAGCUGACACCUCUUCUGUCGAUAAGAGUCACCCUUUUUGAUGCGAACCACUGUGCCGGGGCGGUGAUGUUCCUGAUUGAAGGGGACGGGAACGCGAUUCUCUACACCGGCGAUAUUCGCGCUGAGCCCUGGUGGGUCAACAGCCUCAUACGGCACCCCGUUCUCAUCCCCUACACCCUGUGUGGCAAAAGGCUGGACAAGAUAUACAUCGACACCACAUUUGCCAGGGCAAAUCAUGUGUGCCCGAGCUUCCCGUCAAAGGCAGAAGGAUUGAGCGAACUGCUGCAGAUGGUGGAGAGAUAUCCGCAGGAUACGGUCUUCUACUUUCGGGCGUGGACGUUCGGCUACGAAGACGUCUGGGUAGCACUCUCCGCACGCCUGAAUUCCAAAAUCCACGUGGACCGGUAUCAAGUCGGCCUUUACCGAUCGCUCGGCUCAUACUCCCUCGGGGGUACCGCUGAAGCACCCGCUCUCUGCGGAUUCGAGCUCGGCAACCGGUUCGUUCCAGGAUGUCUCAGCGAAGACGAGAGUGCUCGAGUCCAUAGCUGCGAGCCGGGCAUGCACUGCUCUGCCUGUCGUACCCAAAACACAGUUUACAUCUUACCCAUCGUCGGACGGGCUAGGGAUGGUACGAGAGUACCUGAGCUCGGAGCAGGUGGGGGAGGGGGCGAUCUGUAUCAGACGCACGAGCUUGAGCUCCCGGAUCAGUCGGCUCUGCAGCAGCUAGAGCGUCUGUGUCUCGAGCAGAUCCCCGACCUAGAAACACUCUCGCAAACAAGAGAGGUGCUGGCGCAAGCCUUCAAGUCGAAAACCAAGGCGCUUUCCCUGGACAGAUUUGGGAUGAAGGAUGUGGCCGACAUGCCGCUGGAGGAGCUCGUGCGGAUCCUCAGUCGUGGCCGCUCCGACAAGGAACUCUGGUCGAUGAACCCGGAAGUAUCCCCCUCGACAUUGCGAGACACGGCGGGGAACCGUCUUCCCAAAGUCAUAUACUUCCCCUACUCGCGCCACUCCUCGUACGAGGAACUCUGCACCCUGGUCUCAGCUUUCAAACCCAAAGACGUCCACCCGUACACCGUCGACCCCCACGAAUGGACUGAAGAUAUUUCGAUCCGCGCUCUCUUCGGCCACCUCUGCUCCGGCGACGACUUCGCCCAUGACCAGUACAUGCGCGCCACCAUCGCCGCCGCCGCCGCCGACGGCGGCGACUACAACACCCCCCACCCAAGAAAGAGAACCCGACACGAUGACGAGGUCUCCUCAACGCAAUCCUCCAGCAUACCCAUAGCCAUAGCCAUGCCCGAUAGCAUCGACCGCGCCAGCCCCAGCAGGGCAAGACACGAACCACCAGCAGCACCCGACCUCCCCGUCCCCAUCCCCAUCCCCAUCCCCAUCCCGCCUUCCACCGCCGCAGCCCAGAAAUCCAAGCGCAACGAGAUCCGCCGCGCCUGGCACCUCCUGCACGCGCUGGAUCCGCUCGCGCACCCACACAUCCACCCAGGCGCCCUCCCUUCCUCCUGGCCCACAGCGGAAGAAGAUGGCUUUGACCAGUUGGACGAGAAACCGACUCCGGGGGUGGACCCGGACGCCGAGUCCAACUCAAUCCCCAAUUCGAGUUGCGUCGACGCGUCCCAGUCCCCGCAAGCCUCCUCCUCCUCCUCCUCCUCCUCCUCCUCCUCCUCCUCCUCCGCCGCCGCCUCCGAAGAAGCAGACGUCGACGCCGGAAUCGAACCCGACGCAGAAGCCGGGGCGCAAGCGGAGGUAGAGGCAGAGGCAGAACCAGACCAGCAACCCACCAGCCAAAUCUCCCUCUCCUCGUCCGCUUUCGCCUCGCAGGACCAGGAGCGGGAGCGGGAACCAGGCUCCGAACCACCCCCGCUGCACCGAUCGUCUUCAUCCUUUGCGCGGCGCGCGGCGUAUCUUGCCGCGCGAGCGGACAGUUACGAGACGUGGGCGCUGGCGGGGCUUGUAUCUGUCGGGGAGAAUCAUAGUCGUGAGGAGAGGGAAUUAUAG